AUGAAUCAAAAGAAGAAUAAGAUCCUAUCAUUGCUGUGUUACUUUCAGAAGGGCAGUGUCCAUACUGAAGUCACCUACACUCCUACCUACCUAAGAAUAAGCUCCACAACCAUCACCAUGUGUGGCAGCUACUGCGGAAACUACUAUCGCGGCCGUGGCUAUGGGUGCUGUGGCUACGGAGGCCUGGGCUGUGGCUAUGGCUCCUGCUGUGGCAGUGGCUUCCGCAGACUGGGCUGUAGCUACGGCUGUGGCUAUGGCUAUGGCUCCCGCUCCCUCUGUGGCUGUGGCUAUGGAUGCGGCUCUGGCUAUGGCUCUGGCUUUGGCUACUACUAUUGAGGACACCAUAAGAGACUCUCACCCUCUACCCUGUGACAUAGGGAUUCCCCAAUUACGA